CCUCUCAUGGUCUUCACUCACCUCCUUCCAUUUCAUAUAUUGUAACGAGAUUAGCAUCCGAAUUCCUCCAAGCCUCCAACCACCUCUCUCCACUUCUUCUUCGUUCUUCUUCGUCCUCUGAUGGAUUCAAGCGCGGCUGAAAUAGCCUACGAAUUUCCUCCAUUUUAUGUACUGUAUAAAGAUGGGCAUGUAAAGAGGCUUAUCGGCACUGAUUUUGUUCAGGCAUCAUUGGAUCCCCAAACCGGUGUUUCAUCCAAGGAUGUAAUCAUCGUACCCGAAACCGGUGUAUCUGCUAGGCUGUAUCUCCCCAAAAUAACCGACCCACAUCAGAAACUCCCUCUUCUCAUUUACUUUCACGGUGGAGGCUUCGUCAUCGAGACUGCUUUUUCUCCCACCUACCACUACUAUCUCAAUUCUCUGGUAGCUCAGGCAAAUAUUGUCGCUGUAUCGGUGGAAUACAGAAGAGCCCCCGAGUACCCACUUCCGAUCGCCUACGACGACUCAUGGGCGGUCCUCCAGUGGGUGGUCUCCCAUUCCAUGGACCAGGACGGUGCUGAGCCUUGGUUGAGGGAUCAUGUGGAUUGCAAACGAAUUUUCUUGGCGGGGGACAGCGCCGGUGCCAACAUAGCCCAUGAUAUGGCUAUGCGAGCUGGGGCCACCGGCUUGAAGCUUCGUGGUAUUGCUUUGAUCCAUCCUUACUUUUGGGGGGAGAAGAGGAUAGGGUCGGAGGCAGAGGACCCAGAUAAGGCGAAGAUGGCGGACAAGAUGUGGCUCCUUGCUUGCCCGUCCUCGGCGGGUGCUGAUGACCCACGCAUUAACCCUGUUGGGGAGGGAGCGCCGAGCCUGUCGAGAUUGGGUUGCAGUCGCCUGCUAGUGUGCGUGGGAGAAAAAGACAUUCUGAAAGAUAGAGGAUUGAUUUACUAUGAAACACUGGUGAAGAGCGGAUGGAGUGGAGAGGCGGAGAUUAUGGAGUCCCAAGGGGAGGAUCACGUCUUCCAUCUCUUCAAUCCCACUUGUGAGAAAGCCGUGACCCUCAUGAAACGCUUGGUAUCCUUUGUCAACAUUGACGAUUAACCAUUAGAGUUCCAACUUCCGACCGUGUUGUGUUGCACGCCAAAGUGAAGCAGUAAUUAUAUUGCUUUGUUUAGCAAGUGUUAAAUUAGGCUUAUUAGGCGCUUAGCUAAAAUACAACUGCACUCAGAAAAGAAGGAUGAGUCGCAUCUCUUCUGUUGUAUGGAUUACGGCGAGGGCACCAUCUCUUGACUCUUGAUAUAAAAAGAUGUCUCAGAUUGCAAUUGCAGCAUAUAUCAGUCCAGUAAUACUUUACUCUAUAACUUAGUAAAUAAA